AUUUCUUUUCUGGAGUUUUCUUUUGGAUCUUCAAAAGCUAGGAAAGAAGUAGUUAGGCAUCUAGAAAUUCGGUUGAGAAAAAAUGGCCGUGCACGAAGAGAAGCACGAGGAAUCGUUGUUGGAGAAGAUAUCUGAGAAAAUCAAAGGUGAUUCAUCUUCUUCUUCGGAUUCCGAUGACGAUAAGCCAUCGGAAUCAUCGAUGAAGGUCAAAGUCUUCCGUCUCUUUGGAAGAGAAAGGCCGGUCCACCAUGUUCUCGGUGGAGGUAAACAGGCUGAUAUUUUCCUGUGGAGGAACAAAAAGGUUUCGACAGGAGCCCUAGGCAUUGCAACUGUGAUAUGGGUUUUGUUUGAAUUGUUCGAAUACCACCUUCUCACACUAGUUUGUCACUUGUUGAUACUUGCACUUGCACUUCUGUUCUUGUGGUCAAAUGCUACUUCCUUCAUUCUCAAGUCUCCACCACGCAUUCCUGAAGUUCAAAUCCCCAAGGACCCAGUUUUAGAGUUUGCGGAGGCACUUAGGUUUGAGAUUAACCGGGCUCUUGCUGUCCUGCGGGAUAUUGCAUCAGGAAGAGAUCUUAAGAAGUUCCUCUCUGUGAUCGCUGGCUUGUGGGUCUUGUCUAUUGUGGGAAAUUGGUGCAACUUUUUGACACUGUUCUACAUAGUCUUUGUUCUACUACACACUGUGCCUGUGCUGUAUGAGAAAUAUGAAGACAAGGUGGACCCGUUUGCUGAGAAAGCAUGGCAUGAGAUCAAGAAGCAGUAUGCAGUGUUAGAUUCAAAAGUUCUAAGUAAGAUUCCCAGGGGACCAUUGAAGAAGGAGAAGAAAAAUUAGGUUGCGGGUGAAAAUGUUACUGUUGCUAGGUUUUUGACAUACAUCUGCUAUCUGUGUUUGUGAAGGUAGUGUUAAAAUUUAUCUAGUAUGGUCACGAUUUGUUGAAAAUGUGAUCUUUCUUUACUACACACAUGGUAGCCUUCUAUGGGUCUAUAUGUUAUGUGGCAAUAUGUUAUCAUAUUGUAUGUUGUGGAUUAGUGUGUUGUACAUUGGGUUGAAGGUUCUUGGUUAUGGAUAUCUCUCUGAAUGGUUCACUUUGCUUUAUGUUGGAGGCUUGAUUGAUUCAUGAUCGUUUAAACUGCUAUUGCA